AUUAGUUUACAGCCACGAUUGUAUGCCUAAAUGGCUUUGGUUUGAACUUUGAAGUAACUUGAAUUCUAGAUGUUCAUUGAGAGGCAUUUGAGGAUUCCAUUUUUGAUGGAUUUGAAGGUGUACUUUGGGAUCUGUAUUUUGGGAAUCUUGCCUAUACCAAAAGAUUGUGGAGGUAUUAAAUUGCGAUGCUCUUCAAGGUUAGACUCAGUGCUCCUCACAGAUUGAAAUACUGGAACAUGGAAUAGAGAAAACUCGAGUGUUAAGUUUCCAUAAGAUACUUGUCUUUUUGGUAGUAGACUGAAGUUUUAGGAUGGAAGCUCAGAUUGGUGAACAUGGACAUAUAAUUGAAGUUUGUGGGGAUGUGCCAGCAGAAGCAGGCACGGGUGGGAUAAAAAUUUGUGGUGAGGCACCUUGUGGAUUUUCCGAUUCUAAUACCAGUUCUCAAGAUGCAAAGGAGCGGUCAUCAUCUAUGAGGAAACUUUUGGUGGCAGUUGUCCUCUGCAUAAUAUUCAUGACUGUAGAGGUUGUUGGAGGAAUCAAAGCAAAUAGUCUAGCAAUUCUAACAGAUGCUGCUCAUUUAUUGUCUGACGUUGCUGCAUUUGCUAUAUCCUUAUUCUCUCUGUGGGCUUCGGGAUGGGAGGCAACACCUCGUCAAUCUUAUGGUUUCUUCAGGAUUGAGAUUCUUGGUGCUCUUGUGUCUAUUCAAAUGAUAUGGCUUCUUGCUGGUAUUCUUGUAUAUGAAGCCAUUGAAAGGCUGAUCCAUGAUACAGGUGAAGUACGGGGCUUUCUUAUGUUUCUUGUUUCUGCAUUUGGUUUAGUGGUUAAUAUUGCCAUGGCAAUCUUGCUGGGUCAUGAUCAUGGUCACGGUCACAGCCAUAGUCACAAUCACGGUCAUGGUCAUAGUCAUGGCCAUGAUCAUGACCACCGGCGUAGUGGAGAGGUUCAUGACCAUGGAAGCCAUGACCAUCAUCACCAUCAUCAUGGAGAAUUUCCGGAAAACCAUCAUGAGCAUGAUCAUCAUCACGGCCAUGAAACAGAUCUUACCAAGCCAUUGCUCAAGGCUUGCUGUGAUAUCAAUAACGAGAAAGAGAGUGGGCAUAAGCAGAAGAAGCAAUGGAAUAUUAAUGUACAGGGUGCUUAUCUUCAUGUGCUUGGAGAUUCGAUUCAGAGCGUCGGCGUGAUGAUUGGUGGAGCGAUCAUAUGGUAUAAGCCUGAGUGGAAGAUCAUCGAUUUGAUAUGCACCCUUAUAUUCUCAGUAAUCGUGUUGGGAACUACAAUAAGAAUGCUUCGGAAUAUUAUGGAGGUUCUCAUGGAGAGCACACCGAGGGAGAUUGAUGCCAGAAGGCUGGAAAAGGGUCUCUGUGAGAUGGAUGAGGUGAUUGCAGUGCAUGAGUUGCAUAUCUGGGCAAUAACAGUUGGGAAAGUCUUGCUGGCUUGCCAUGUUAAAAUAAAGCGCGAGGCCGACGCGGACAUGGUGCUGAACAAGGUAAUUGGCUACAUCAGAAGAGAGUAUAACAUCAGCCAUGUCACUAUUCAAAUAGAGCGUGAGUAGAUGUCGAGCUAGGGAGACUGCCAUCUGUAGUCAGGCAUCGAUGCACUGAAUAUAUGUGGAGAUGUUUAAAGGAUCUGGUGAGCCAACUGUUCUCGAUCACAAAGAUGACGAGCACCUACACUAUGUUUCCUUGAGAAAGCCAGCUGGAUCAAAAUUGAGGUUUUAGUUUCUCGCUUAAUUGUGCAGUGGGGACGAAAUCUUUCACCAUGCAUAAAAUGCUGUGUGCACCGCCCUUGUUAGCGACUUUUGGACAUGCUACGCAUGCUUGCAUUGACUGUGUUAUUUGAUCUCUGAGUGGAUGUUUAGCAUAUGCAGAAUCAGAGCUGGGACGGAAUCGCGAUUCCAGCCUAGACUCUUUUUGUGUUGCUAGGUAGAAUAUUUAACAAUUUAAUGAGCCAUCCUAAAUGGAAUAAAGGUUGCAUAUUCUACAUUAGA